ACUCUCGGCGUCGUCUCUUCUCCCUGCGCGUGGAGCCCAAUCGAAGAGCGGAUGCCGCACCGCGCGAAGCCGUCCCUCGAAGCAGCUCUGGCAGCGAGGAUGAUCUAGGCCGGGCCGUGCCUCUGCACCACCGACGACUACGACGGCCGCUGCUUCCUUCGAAGACGGCUCAGGCUCUUAACAAUUCCGCACAAGCAAGGCUUCUCUCGCCAAAAUGAACUUGUGCAUCAGCAUCGGGGUCCAGUCGGCGCCUGGCACAGAGACGCCGAAAAAAGCAAGGCGACCAGCGUGCCUGAGUCUCGCUCAUUUAUUACUCCUACUACUCGUCCGAACUCAGCCCGGUGACUGUGGCGAGCCGCUACCUUCAGCAUCUCCGGUGACUAGCGUUCGGACUAUUCCCACCACGACACAGACAAUGCCGUCUGUGAACGCCAGUUGCGCGUUUCCUGGCUGCGAUUUGACCUUCGACAAUGGGACAUCCUCCUCCUCCGUGGAAACGACAACGCACGUUGUCAUCGCAACCACGUUGAACCAAGUUCAGAGGUCUAAAGGGGACGUUUCGACUGUCACUAGCGUAUGGGUCAAUUCAGCGUCUAACAACUCGGACAGCUCCUCGUUGAAGGGAAACUCCAGCUCAGGUCCGUUCAGCGGGAACCCGCCUCCACUCGGUGAAGUUCCGCCGAAGGAGUCCACCGCAAGUUCGGAUCGUCCCGAACAGCCAACGACGGAGACAACCGAAUCGGGGACUGGGCGUACGGUGAUCCAAGAGAGAGCGACGACUCAGCCGCCCUCCGACGUCGCCACGAAGACUGGAAAACCUCCCCGCCGCAAGUUCCGCAAGGGCCAACGUCGCAACGGCGGCGACCGCAGGAACGCCUCUCUCUCGUCCGCGUGGAGGGAGGAGACGCGCUUCCUGUGGGAACCCCGGGACCCGGUUCCCGUUCCGGGCUACGCGUUCGGCUUGGCGUUCGGCGCCGUCGCCCUGGCCGGUCUCGUGGGCGUCGGCACCGCGUGCGGCGGAAGCGCAAAGCCCAUGUUGGGCACUUCGUGGGCCACCGCCGUCACGGCCAUCGUCGUGGCGUCGGCGGCGUCGCGAGCGGCGGCGCUUCUGCUGCUUCCCGAACCGCUCCUCAGGCGCCUGCUGCAGGCGGCCUCUCCGGCGGGACUAUUCCUGGCACUGGCCCUCUUCUGGCUCGCACUGUGCAGGCCCGCCCUGUCUCGUCUCGUGGUGGCCGGCGCCUGCUUCGUGGUGCUGCUCGUGCUGCCCCUGGUGGCCGAGUCGCAGGCCGGGACUCUCUUCGACGCCCGGAUGUUGCUCGUCGCGCGACUCGCGUCGCUGGCCGCCGCCUGCCUGGCCAUCCUCGCGGCUCUCGUCGCCUUCCCAUGGCUUCGAAGAGUGGCACUGAGAUCGCAAGAUGCCCUGCUGUGCUCGGCCUUGGCAAAAAUGCAGGAUGAUGCGGCUGAGGUGCCGAGGCGGCUGCCGCGUCCCAUGGCCCGGACCACCCUGCGUGCGGCCCUGGCGGCCACCCUGUUAGGCCUGGCGCUCACCUUGCUGUUGGGUCACGCGGCUCUGCACGCUGGUCAGGCUGCCCACCCGCGCUGGCUGUGGUGGACCUGCCGGGGCCUCACGCUGCUCGCCGAACUGUGCGCCGACGCCUGCCUGGCGUUCGCGGCGUCCAGGCCCGCGGCCCGGUGUCACGCGCCGGUGCCGACCACGGCCACGCUGCUCACGCCACCCGGCUUCGCGUCCGACUCGUUCGGAAGGCCCGGAGGCCACCGCUGCGGCGCCAUCGGAAGCCGGGGCGACCCGAGCGAGGCGGCCGCCCUGUGCGACUCCCAGUCGCCGGCCAAGACGGGUCUGCUGGGACAAGCGACGCUGCAGCGGACGGCCCUUCUGUUCCACGACCAGUGCGUGUCCAGCAGCGUCUCUACGUCCAGGUUCUGCUCGGCUGCCGGCGGAAGCCGCGACGGCACCAGCAGCGACGAAGAUGGCGACGACGCCUCGCACCGAGCGCUGGCCGGAUCCACGGCGCCGGGCACAGUGGACGGCUCGCCCUGGUCUCAGGCCCACAGCAGCGCCUCCUUCCGGCGACUGGGCAGCAGCACGUGCAGCUCCGAAAGCGCCGCUCACAGCUUCGACCUCGCCUGGGGAGGAGGUUUACGGCCCCCACAGAGCCUCAGGCUCGACCUCAGCACGGGCCACCACCACCGGCGAGGCGUCGGUGCCGGCGACGCCAGCGAGGACGUCACGCCGGACUCGGCCGUCUACGUCGACCUGUCGCCGGAGCUGCGCCGUAGCGAGGGCCACUCCCUGGACAAGCUGCAGAGCAAGGGCUGCCCCUGCUGCGCCGCGCGUCGGCCCUGGCGGAGGACGGCGCUCCAGCGGUACACCCUGAGCGCCUCCCGGUUCUCGCUGAGCGGCUACGAGCCGCUGCGGAGAGACGACGACUGUCGCUGUUGCGCGGCGGACCACGCGACGGUCGACCCCUUGCGGCAAAUGAAGACGUGCGCGGUGGCCAAGGAAGAGUGGCACAGGAACCUCCAGUCACUGCCUCCGCCGGCAUCUUCGGCCUUUUGAGGAGGUCCGCGGAAUCAUCUGUGAAGCCACGGCUUUCUUGCGGGUCUUGAACUCACUGAGAUCCGACAUGCGGAUCCCGAAUGAUCACUGCUCCGUUCGUUAGGAGGAACGGUUUCAGUGCAUUCCAGAGAGUUCGAAAGUCCACCUAGAACUCCGAGAACGGCUUUUCAUCGCCACAGUCAGCACCAUGAUGCCGUGAAUGCAUGAACAAAUGCGUAGCGAUCAAUUUCGCUGCUUCUGGACGCUAGCGAUCACAUCGAGGCAAGACGAGCCCAUGUGUCGACGAAAGACCCGAGUCUCUUGAGGCACCUCCACUUCGAGUGCAUACCUUCAGCUCUACGAGCAGGGAGUAUUGAUGUGCUGCACUUUAUGUGCUGCUUCCGUCACUUCUCUUGUCUCACGCCAGCGAAAGAAAUCGAGUCACCUGACGGACCGCGACGGAGUCACGUUUUACAAGAUGAAGUACGUGGUGCGGACUGUUACAAGUGCGUCUUCGCGGCUGUGGUCGGCAAAACAUGGCUUUCGACGAGUGCGCGCACGCUUGCAGGAACAUGCCGAUCCUAAGGCGCGCCAGAAGAAAGCCAGGCAGUGAAAGAGGCAUACAUGUGUUACAAAACAGUGGUGACCACGACUACCUUUCAUGACUGAUGUGGACCCAGUGUACGUAGUCGUCCUGUACGCGAUAUGUGUUGUAAAUUACACGAGACAAAACUGUCCCGCGUUUUCGCGCACACAGCAUGCCGCGCCCUUAAUUCAUUCCGUUUGCCAAUAAUGACAUAUCAAAGCGAACGACUCGCCUGGGGCGUCGCGCUAGCACAUCGUGUACAGCGUGCACACAGCUAUCCGGAGCAAGAAAUACUCAACCUGCACAAUCGGUCUCAUUCCACGAAUGUUGUUUUAUGCGUCUUCAAUCCUGAUGUUCAUCACUCGACUUAGGGCAGGACACCAAAGUACGGAUGUAUUGGUGUACCUCUGCCCUUUGCUCAUUUUAUUCCACCUACACUCCAAGAAACAAGAGUACAUGUUACUCAUUCUGAUGAGUCCUGACUUUUCAUAUAUGUAAUUCUCUUUAAAGACGCACGUUAACCCUGUUGGAGAGUCUUACAUCCCACGACACUUUGAGGAGAGUAUAAUAAUUUCCAAAAGGAAAUUAACGUGUAUUUAUAAGGAGGCUUAUAUAUGUGACAAGUCUGGACUCAUCAAGAAGUGUAAACAUACUCCCUUUUUUUUUCUUAGAGCGUACACUGAUUAUGUGUGCUCGCCCUCUAACAAUUACGAUAAAAUGGUUCGAUUCGUUAUCAUUUGCAAGGAUCAGAUUAUGUUUGUUUCCGUUCUUCAGUUUUGCCAAAACUCCACGAGAAUGUCGUGCUGAUUUUGAUCACGCGCACAUCAGCUAAAGCCGUAGCCAAAGCACCUGUUCAGAGCAGCUCCUUCUCUGUGCUUUUUUUUUACCCGUGAACUGUUAUGUAUGUGUUAAACUCCGGCGUGUCAAAGGUUCGGAGCGCUGUGUUGAGAAGAUCGGCAAGGACCACAGAAUACAAAAAAAAACUAAAGCAACUCUAAUGCAUGACCCAGGGUCUAAGAGUGGCACUCGCACCUCGGCGUUCGUGUUCUAUGUGGUAUUGCUUGAGUUAACGUCGUGUUCCUUGGUCAACAUCGUGUUUCGUCGCACUGCCGAAGCGGAUCUGGGAGCGCUUGUUUUGGCAGCGCUCGCCCCGUGUUGUUCUUCCCCCUUUUGUCUCUAGGUUUUCGCGCUGUUUAUUACUAUGGAUCUCGGAGGCCGCGUAGAAAGAAGCUCGUGGUUCCGAUCUUCCCUGCCAGGUGCCGCAACGAUCCCAGCUGCUCCCAACAAAACCACCUGCUCUCUCAAUGAACUCAUUCAGUUAAUCGUCAUUAAUUAUCCUGACAGUUAAUUGUCCCUAUCUUAAGUAAACUUAUGCUACCAUAUAUGGGUCCAAUAUGACUCCUAAAUUGAACAAGAACUAUCGAUUAUGCGCAGUUCUAUUUUUUAGAAUGCUUUUUCUGAAUAUUCUUAAAGCCGGAAGUAAAGUAUUCGGCCGGAAGUCCUUGAAAGAGAAACAGUGCUGUUAAUCGUUGCUUGUGCCACUAAAACAGGGGACGUCACAGCACGGUUAAUAAUAAUACCUGGGGUUCAACGUCCGAAAACCACGAUAUGAGAGACGCCGUAGUGGUGGGCUCCGAAAAUUUCGACCACCUAGGGUUCUUUAACGUGCACCUAAAUCUAAGUACACGGGCCUCAAACAUUUUCACCUCCCCCGAAAAUGCAGCCGCCGCGGCCGGGAUUCGAUCCCACGACCUUCGGGUCAGCAGUCGAGCGCCAUAACCACUAGACCACCGUGGCGGUUAGUGGUUAAACUCGGCAAGCCUAAAGGCGAGAAACAGGGGAAAACAUGAACAGCACAAGCGUUGAUUCGUUUCUCGAUUAACUUCCAAAAAAAAAAGAAAAAAUAACGUGCAUGUCGACAUCAAGUGAAAAAAAAAAAAAAAGUCGUGCAAAGACUGCCCAUGGACAAUUGUACACGUGUGUCACCUCUUUCGGGAUAAAAAUGCAGAUGCGAGUCGAUGUUCCCCUGCUUCUUUUUGUAUCGUCACUCGUCCAUGUGCGUGCUGCAUUUAAAAGCCAUACACUGAUUGUACAAGUCAGACACGCUGUUACGUGCAAUGAGCGAGUCGUGGUAUUUAAAAUUAUAACCGAGGAGCACUGCUCCAACCGCUUCAUCCGUUCUUUUCCUUACUAUUUCAUUAAACUUUUUUUUUCUUCUUGGCAGUAGUCAAAUAUGGUCGAUACAAAGAAGCCGCUUUCGGGCCUGUUACAAAUGUAAAUGGACAACCGCUACAAUAAAAAAAAAAAUGUCGUAGUGUCGCGUCAUGCAUUGGGUGCAAAACAAAAGCAGCUACACAGCACAUCAGCCGAGGUAG